AUGGAAGUCAGAGCCCCUCUAUCCUACGGCGAUUACACGGUCGGAUGGAUAUGCGCCUUACCCGUAGAGACGGCAGCUGCGAAAUUGAUGUUGGACGAGAUACACCCUCCUUUACCUCGUCUGCCGAUGGAUCAAAAUACCUAUAUCCUUGGAAGUAUCGGUGAACAUAAUGUCGUUAUUGCUAGUUUACCGAGUGGCGUAUAUGGCAACACAUCAGCUGCAACCGUUGGAAUGCAGUUAUUAUCCAGUUUCCACUCCAUCCGGAUCGGUUUCAUGGUCGGUAUCGGCGGGGGAGUACCGAGCAGCAAUCUAGAUAUUCGACUAGGUGAUAUUGUAGUGAGCCGGCCAACGGAUACUUCUGGGGGCGUGAUCCAAUACGAUCUUGGCAAAGCGUUGAGUGGCGGUCAACUCCAGCGGACAGGGAUGCUUAAUCGGCCACCAAAGGUUCUGUUAACCGCUCUCGCUACCCUCCAAGCCUAUCACCUCACAGAAGACAGUCGAGUGGUGGAGUUCAUUUCCAAUAUCCAAGCCAAAAUGCCGCCUCGCAAGGCAACCACAUUCGCGCGACCAACCCAAGAGGAUUGCUUAUUUCAAGCGGAAUAUGAUCAUAUCGGUUCUAAUACGUGUAUGAAUUGCGAUCGCUCCAAACUCUCUCCGCGACCUUCACGAGAUCAUGAGGAACCGAUCGUACACUAUGGGCUGAUUGGAUCUGCAAAUCAGGUGGUGAAAGAUGGUAGGUGGCGAGAUCAACUGGCUCGGGACUUGGGGGUAUACUGUUUGGAGAUGGAAGCGGCGGGACUCACAAAUGACUUCCCAUGUCUGGUCAUUCGGGGCAUCUGUGACUACGCCGACUCACAUAAGAAUAAAGAAUGGCAGGGCUAUGCGGCAGCUGUGGCGGCGGCUUAUGCGAAAGAGCUUCUCUUAGUGGUUCCGAUCGACCAGAUUGAAACUACUCCAACAGCUCGAGACACUCUAGCAGACUCUGUUCACCAUUUCAAUGUCCCCCUAGACCUUACCACAGUUCCUGUAAUUGAGAACUUUGUUGGGCGACAAGACGAGCUGGAUAGCCUAUGGCAGUAUCUACGACCGACAAGUUCGCCGUCACGGAAAGUUGCAAUUCUCCAUGGGCUUGGCGGAAUGGGAAAGACGCAGCUAGCGAUUCGCUUCGCGCGAGAUCACAAAGAUGAUUUUACGGCUAUCUUUUGGCUGAGUGGCAAGGACCGGGAUGCGCUCUUGCGAUCGUUUAGCUUUGCCUUGAAUCGAGUGCCUGGACAGCUUUGGGAUAGCGGGUCGACCGAUGACAGAGAAGUGGAGCAACGAGCUAGGCAUAUGCUACGGUGGCUGGGGUUGGAGGGCAACUCGCGCUGGCUAAUCAUUUUGGACAACAUUGAUCAAUACUCUCCCUUGGGCAGCGCGGUUGGUGAUGGGUAUGAUAUUGGAGAAUUCUUCCCCGCAGCAGACCAUGGCUCCAUCCUCAUCACCUCUCGACUUCAAGGGUUGACUGAGCUAGGAGAGCCUUUUCCAGUCCCCAAACUUAACACUCAUCACACAAUUCGACUACUCUUGCAAAGUAGUGGUCUGUCAGCAAAGAACACUGCAAGAAAGCUUGAAAGCGAUCCAGGCUUAUUUACGCUUGCGAGUCGUCUAGAUGGAUUGCCUUUGGCAAUUGUCCUCGCUGGGGCUUUUAUGCGUGAGACUGGAACCAGCAUCACAGAGUACUUGGAGUAUUACCGAGAAUCUUGGUCCGAACUGCAGUUAGAAUCAAGCCCUGGUCGUCAGUACCAGCAGGGCAACAUGAUACAAACAUGGAUGAUCUCGUAUCUUGAGAUACAAAAGCGGGAUCCCAAUGCAGCAGCGCUGCUACUGCUAUUUGCUCGCUUUGAUAACCGAGAUAUCUGGUACGAGCUGGUAAAAAAUGGUAGUCAUUGCUUAGAUGUCCCCUUUUGGCUCAAAAAGGCCAUUUCAAGCGGACUCGCGUUCAAGAUUGGUGUGAAGACUCUGAUCGGGUUCUCUCUUCUUGAGAGUAAACAACAAGAAGGGAGCUAUGCUAUGCAUCCAGUGGUACAAGACUGGUGCCUUCACCUUGCCAGCACAGACGAAAAUGUGAAUUCAAUCCAGCUUGAUGAAAUAGCACUGAUAUCUGUUGGAUACGCUGUGCCCAGCUCAAGUGACAAAAAUUAUACAGAGCUUCAGCAACGGUUAAUUCCACACGCAAAUUACACACGUCAUAGGAAUUGCCUAGGUCAUGAUAUUUCGGUAUGGGGAGCUUUUCAAGGACUGGGGAAUCUUUACACGGUUCAAGGCAUGCUAAAUGAGGCAGAGGCGAUGUACGACCGAGCUCUAGCAGGCUAUGAGAAGGCCCUAGGUCCAGAUCAUACGUCCACUCUCAAUACAUUCAACAACCUUGGGAGUCUCUACAGAGAUCAGGGGAAGCUGAAGGAGGCAGAGGAGAUGUUCGAGCGAGCUCUGGCAGGCAAGAAGAAGGCCCUAGGUCCAGAUCAUACGUCCACUCUCGAUACAGUUAACAACCUUGGUCUUCUCUACAAGGACCAAGGCAAGCUGAAGGAGGCAGAGGAGAUGUACGAGCGAGCUCUAGGAGGCUAUGAGAGGGCUCUAGGUCCAGAUCAUACGUCCACCCUCGAUACAGUUAACAACCUUGGCCUUCUCUACAAAGAUCAGGGGAAGCUGAAGGAAGCAGAGGAGAUGUACGAGCGAGCUCUAGCAGGCUUUGAGAAGGCCCUUGGCCAGUACCAUAAGACACAUCUACCUACUCUCCAUACAGCUAACAACCUUGCUCUUCUCUACAGAGAUCAAGGCAAGCUGAAGGAAGCAGAGGAGAUGUUCAAGCGAGCUCUGGCAGGCUAUGAGAAGGCCCUUGGCCAGCACCAUAAGACACACCUACCUACUCUCAAUACAGUUAGCAACCUUGGCCUUCUCUACAGAGAUCAAGGCAAGCUGAAAGAGGCAGAGGAGAUGUUCGAGCGAGCUCUGGCAGGCAAGAAGAAGGCCCUAGGUCCAGAUCAUAUGUCGACUCUCAAUACAGUUAACAACCUUGGUCUUCUCUACAAGGAUCAGGGCAAGCUAAAGGAGGCAGAGGAGAUGUUUGAGCGAGCUCUAACAGGCUAUCAGAAGGCUCUUGGUCAGCACCAUAAGACACACCUACCUACUCUCAAUACAGUCAACAACAUUGCGGGUCUCUACUCUAACCAGGGCAAGCUGAAGGACGCAGAGGAGAUGUACCAGCGAGCUCUGGCAGGCAAGGAGAAGGCUCUCGGUCCAGGUCAUACUUCCACUCUUGAUACAGUCCACAACCUUGCUCUUCUCUACUCUGACCAGGGCAAGCUGAAUGAAGCAGAGGAGAUGUACGAGCGAGCUCUCAUAGGUUAUGAGAAGGCUCUUGGCCAGCAUCAUAAGACACACCUACCUACUCUCAAUGCAGUCAACAACCUUGCGGGUCUCUACUCUAACCAGGGCAAGCUGAAGGACGCAGAGGAGAUGUACCAGCGAGCACUGGCAGGCCAUGAGAAGGCCCUAGGUCCAGAUCAUAUGUCGACUCUCCAUACCGUCCAUAACCUUGGUCUUCUCUACAAGGAUCAGGGCAAGCUAAAGGAGGCAGAGGAGAUGUUUGAGCGAGCUCUGGCAGGUUAUGAGAAGGCCCUAGGUCCAUAUCAUAGGUCCACUCUCAAUACAGUUAACAACCUUGGGGGUGUCUACUCUAAUCAGGGCAAGCUGGAAGAGGCAGAGGAGAUGUACCAGCGAGCACUGGCAGGCAAGGAGGAGGUUCUCGGUCAAGAUCAUAUGUCCACUCUGGAUACAGUCAACAACCUUGGUCUUCUCUACACAUAUCAGGGGAAGCUGAAUGACGCAGGGGAGAUGUAUCAUCGGGCACUGGCAGGAAAGGAGAAGGCUCUCGGUACUGAUCAUACGUCCACUCUUAAUACAGUCAACAACCUUGGUUUUCUCUACGAGUAUCAGGGGAAGCUGAAGGAGGCGGAGAUGAUGUACCAGCGAGCACUGGUAGGCUAUGAGAAGGCCCUCGGUCCAGAUCACAACAGCACACGGUUGGUUAUGGAGACAUUGAGUAGAUUAAGCAUUGCAGGAGAAAACAGUAUACAACAUGCCCCAUAG